CCCACCUCUCAGUGCCCACUCGAGUUCUCUCGGAGUGAGGAUGAAGGCGCAGAACAUUCGGACCCUUUCUCUCAUCCUGUGUAUGCUAUCCUACCUGCUUGUGGGAGCCGCGGUGUUCGACGCCCUCGAAUCAGAGACCGAGAACUCGAGGAAGAAGAUCCUGGAACAGAAACGCAGUGAGCUGAAGAAGAAGUACGGAUUUACCGAUGACGACUACCGGGAGAUCGAGAGAGUGGUUCUUCAGUCGGAGCCCCAUCGCGCGGGGAGACAGUGGAAAUUCGCGGGAUCCUUUUACUUUGCUAUCACCGUCCUCACGACGAUAGGUUAUGGUCACGCUGCUCCAAGCACUGAUGCUGGAAAGGUAUUCUGCAUGUUCUAUGCAGUUCUGGGUAUCCCUCUGACACUGGUCAUGUUCCAGAGCAUGGGGGAAAGGAUCAACACGUUCGUCCGCUACCUCCUCUGCAGGCUCAAGCGAUGCAUGGGCUUACGGAAGACUGAUGUGUCCAUGGGGAACAUGGUGCUGGUGGGCCUCCUGUCCUGCAUGAGCACCCUCUGUGUCGGGGCAGCAGCCUUCUCCCACUUUGAGGGCUGGACUUUCUUCAAUGCCUACUACUAUUGUUUCAUCACGCUCACCACCAUUGGCUUCGGGGACUUUGUGGCCCUGCAGAAGAAGGAGGCCCUCCAGAGGAGGACUCCCUAUGUAGCCUUUAGCUUCAUGUACAUCCUGGUGGGGCUGGCAGUGAUCGGGGCUUUCCUGAACCUGGUGGUGCUACGCUUCCUCACCUACAGCACAGAGGAGGCAACCAGGAGCCUGGAGGUGGAGUGGGAGGAGCAAAAGCCAGCAGCGCCUAAAACAACAGGGGGUGGGGAGGUGGAGGCAGAUGUGGAAGCAUCAGUGUGGGACAGAGCUGAUGGGAUAGAAUGGUUUGGAGCUGAGGAUGGGAACAGUAGCUGCUGUAACCUCUCCCUGCCCAUGGAGGGAGGCACCAGUCGUACCAAUCUCAUCCCCUCUCCAUCUGAGGAGCGUAGAGAGACCCCUGGGGUCAGGGACUCUGCUAAGCAUCCUGAGUCCCGCAUCAGCGCCCUCUGCUCCUGUAUGUGCUUCAGGCUGUGUGCCUGUGACAGCCCCUCUCUGGCCCACUGUGAGCACUCAGGCUGCCACAGCAACCCUGUCUUCUACAACUCCAUCUCCUACAGGGUGGAUGGAGCCUCCUGCAGCUCCAGGGGCACCUCAACCCAGUCCUUCCCAAGCAGCGAUGCCCUUUUUCUGGGGAUGAGCAGCCCUCACACACGGAGGAAGUCAGUAUAGCUGCUCACUCUGAACUAAAGUGGUCUUUGUUCUUAUCUACAUUACAGCCAGAGAUGUUACUCUGAUUCUCUGCAGGUGGAACAAAUUGUGUAUGCUUUCCCAAAAAGGUCACAUUUACAUAUUUUAGGUUGUGCUUCUACACUAUAUAUACAAAGUAUGUGGACAUCCCUUCAAAUAAGUGGAUUCAACUGUUUCAGCAAUACCUGUUGCUGACAGGUGUAUAAAAUCGAGCACACACCCAUGCAAUCUCCAUAGACAAACACUGGCAGUAGAAUGGCCUUACAGAAGAGCUCAGUGCCUUGAACAUGGCACCGUAAUAGGAUGCCACCUUUCCAACAAGUCAGUUUGUCAAAUUUCUGCCUUGCUAGAGCUGCCCUGGUCAACUGUAAGUGCUGUUAUAGUGAAGUGGAAACAUCUAGUAGCAACAACAGUUCUGCCGUGAAGUGGUAGGCCACACCGGCUCACAAAAAGGGACUGCAGUGUUGAAAGGCAUACAGUGGUUCCUCCUUUAAAAGUUUGUACCGCGGAACUUAGAGGUACCCUACGUCACGGCUUCACUGCUCCAGACCACCGCAAGGGGGAGUUAGAGCACUCAUUACAUUGUAGAAUAAUAGUGAAGAUAUCACAACUAUGAAAUAACACAUGUGGAAUCAGUUAAGAACAAAUUCUUAUUUACAAGGACAGCCUACUCCUUCCUCCCUGUUGGGGAAUUGAACCCCGGUCUCCCGCGUGCCCUUCCCGCACGACACAGGGUUUCUUUAGCAAAAUAGCCCAGUACUGUACUGCCGACGUCACGUUGUACAGUUUCCUUUUUCGUUUUUCUCCGAAUAUAAACACCAUAAUAUUAAUAAAAUUAAUGAAGACAAAUUUCUUAAAAUCAAUCCCAAAUACUAUGCUAUUACAAAAAAGGUUUUAAAUUCUCUGGUAAUGCCAAUAUGGAAGACUAUCAAAUGCUUCUCAAAGAUGCCUUCUGGUGGUCAAACUAGCACUAACUUGCAUUAACAGAACAAAUGGCUUACAAUUUGAUAACGUGCCACAGAAUGCUGCAGCAGCCUGCAAGGAGUGCUGCAGUGUGACGCAACUUUUAACGGAGGAACCACUGUAGAGGGUAAAAAUCGCCUGUCCUUGAUUGCAACACAAGAACUGUUUGUCGGGAGCUUCAUGAAAUGGGUUUCCAUGUCCGA